CCUUCAGCUCAACUGGGGUGGCUAAGUCAAUCACGUGGUUUUUACGAGUUUCUUCAGCCACCACGCGGGAAGGGCGAUCGAUCCUUUGGCUGCCAUGGACGAUGUGAUUAUGCAGCACCGUUUGUAGUCACACAACGUCGCAGCUGAAAAUGGCAGUGCGAUUCACUUUUCUUUGGGUCUGAUUCUCCUUCGUCAUGAGCAUUUAGAUGGGUUUCAAGCCCCUGAAGUCAAGCUCUGAUUGUACUUGGUACCCACAAAGUCAUCGUUACACGAAUCUCGCAAUCUAGGUACUCAGCUCGGUAUUCCAGCCACAACCAUCAUGAGUGUCUUCUGGGGAGGGUUCAAGAGCCGAAAAAAGACUCGCCACUGUAUUCAUGAACACCAAAGCACACACGCAGGAGAGCCAGAAGAAGAACCAGUCGCCGAGACAACCUCUGAACGAUCGUCAAAUCACGUGCCUGAUGCUAAUGCUGGAGAGGUCAACACAAGUGGUGUUGUCCCACCCAUUGCUAGAGACUCGAAGGGUCGAUGUCAAAUAUGUCGGCAAGAACAGCUGGCAGCAAGGAGAUAUCGAUGGCGGCUCAUUAUUGGGAUCUUCUUCCCCUUCGCCCUCCAGGCCCUCGAUACAACUAUCGUUGCCUCAGCACUCUCCCGAGUGGCGUCUGAUUUCCACGAACUCAAACAAAUGAACUUUAUUAUCUCGAUAUUCAGUCUGUGUUCUGCAACAUUUAUCCCAUUUUGGGGUCAAAUCAUCGAUAUAUUCGGCCGAACGGUAACUCUCGAGGUUACUCUACUAAUUAUGCUGGUCGGAACUGCUUUGUGUACUGCUGCCCCGUUGCGCGCCUUCCCCGUCUUCAUUCUUGGCCGAGCUCUCCAAGGAUUAUCUGUGUCUGGAAUCAAUGUUUCGACUCGAGUAAUUAUGGCGGACAAGGUCACGCUUAAGGAAAAUGCUAAAAACAAUAGCAUUUUUGCUUUGUUUGCAGGAAUUUCCUACGCUGUUGGUCCCCUUAUCGGCGGCUUUCUCGCAAACAGCAACUGGAGAUGGUGCUUCGCUAUCAACCUCCCCGUUGCAGCAGUUGGCAUGAUCCUUGUCUUCAUUGUUCUCAGACCACAAUUAUUGGGGCCACAGCCGUUACCUGAACUGCUUGGACAAGACAGCGAGCUGAGAGGAUAUCAGAAAUUCAAGGCACAAUUAUCAACGAUCGACUUCUUCGGCCAGUUCUUCUUCCUCUUUGGGCUUGGGCUUCUUGUUCUGGGAUUGACCUGGGGCGGUGCGAGCUAUCCAUGGCAUGAUUCCCGAGUCGUAACCACGCUCGUCACAGGCUCAAUUCUAUCCGUUUGCUUCAUAAUUUGGCAAUACCUGAUGGCACCAGGGAAAUAUGUAUCGCGAAAGUUUCCACUGCAACGUCCGGUCUUACCAUGGGUCUUGCUUUCACAAAGAAACAUGUACUUGCUCUUCUAUAUCAAUUUCGCCACAGGCAUGGCAAUCACUGCCGUACUAUACUUCACGGACUUCUACUACAUUAACGUGAAAGGCGAUAGCACGAGCAUUGCCGGCCUUCAACUGCUCUAUUACACGCCGGGAAUCGGAAUCGGAGUUUAUCUCGCGAUGGUCUUUUGUAAUUUUUGGCCUCGGCAAACAUUUCUCCCUUUGUUCCUCGGUUCCAUCACUGAAGCAACCGGGAUAUCUGUUUUAGCAUGGGCACUCGACCAAGGCCAUCCCACAACCAUCGCUUUCAUGAUGGGGCUUACUGGGGCUGGAACUGGCCUUCGUUUUAUGCCAGGCAGUCUCCAUGGCAUCGGGUUCUUCCCAAACGACAUCGCCGCUGUCAUAGCUAUGACCUCUUUUGCUGUCCCAUUUGGUGGAACGCUGGCAAUGACGUUGAUGAGCAGCGUCUUUUUCAACAAGGUCGGUUUUUCGAUUACUGAGUCUCCAACGCAACCAGGGCUCCCAAAACUGCCUCCAGAGAUCCUAGGACCGCUUCAAUACAAGAUUAAAAAGGGCGUCGUGUUCGCUUUCACCAGUAUUUUGCCGUUUAUGUGGAUGUGUGUCUUAGCGGCCGCUAGCUUAGGCAACGUUAAGAUUACGAGGAAGAGGAAGAUAGACUCUGAGGGACAGAUGGACUUCUCUGAGAAUACGACGGAAGGAGCAUUCUUACCUGCGCUGCUGAGGAGACGAUUAGGCAGAAAGAAGCAAGAGGUUGGAACUGGUGUCGCUGUGCAAACGGAGGAGGAGAAGGCAAGAGAGCAGGUCCAGAUCACUGUUGCGAACGAUACGCACGUUUAA